AUGAACAAUUCACGGAAAGAAAAUGGUUUUAUUAGCAAGAAUAAGAAAAAAGAAGACAGUAGCCCGUUGGGCUAUGAUGGCAAUGUGGGAAAACAAAGUCAACAAGAAAAAUGGAAAAUCUUAAAACGUGGUGAUCACUUAAAGUCAGCCGAUUGUCCAUCACAACAAGAUGGUAGUCAGUCAAAAGAAAAUAUCAAUAAUAAACUUUCAAAUGUUGGGAAGCAACAACAACAUAUAUCAUGUUCAUCGCAGAAAAACCUAACUAAUGAUGAAAGGUUAGCUGCAGACGGCUUAAAGUUACCAUCAGCACUAUUAUCUGCGUUAUCGGCAGAAAAAACGGUUCAAACAACUCAGCCUAUUAUUAUCAACUCAAAUCGCCAACAAUCAUUGCAUCUUGCUCUACCAAAGCAAUCAGCGUCAGCAUCGCCACCAGUUCGACCAAGUCCUUCGACAACGCCUACUGUUGUAACGUCAACACCAACGUCGGCUGGUACUGUUACACCGCAAGGAAAUUUACCAUCAAUAUCAUCGUAUUUUAAUAUUUUGAAUCCAUCAGUACCACUCGUGCUGACAAAGGCAUCAAAUAUUGUCUUACCGUCUACUUCUGUCUCUUCUACUGCAGCAUUACACGAGCAAUACAUUCAAUCAGUUUCAUCACGUUUAUUCGGCUCACAAAAUUCAUCAAUAAUGAUGAAAUCUUCAAUGAAACUAAUUGAUGAUACGCUCGGUUGGUGUGAAAAUGGUCAAAUACAACAAUAUUUACACGACACAGAGGGUAAUCUUGUUAUUGGUGCUCUUGGUAGACAACAUGUGGGAAAAUCAACGUUGUUAUCAUUAUUAGGAGGUAAUCAGUUUACCGAUGAAGAUCGCACGAUGAUCUUUCCACCAUCAUCUCAACUUCCAACAUCAAUGUCGUCAUCUCAAAUGACAUCGUCGAUAACUUCAACUUCCACUCAAUCAUCGACAGCUAAUGCUACAUCCAAACAGCUAAAUUCAGUAACAACAGGAAUUGAUUUAUAUGUGACAAGUGAACGGACGAUUUUAUUGGAUACACAGCCUUUAUUAAGUCCGAGUCUACUUCAAAAUUUGAUAGAAAAUGAACAAAAUCGCGAGCAACAACAUCACCAACGUCGGCAUUACAACCAUCAUUAUCGCGAGCAAAACGAAAGACAGCAAGACUUUCAACAUUUAUGGCAACAACAAAAUGAUCCGAAUUCAAUAUAUAUUGAUAAUAUGAUUGAAUUAAAAUCGAUUGAAAUCGCGUGUUUUAUCAUGUCGGUGUGCCAUGUUGUGUUAAUUAUUGAAGAUCAAUUUGCUGAUCCAUAUAUUUAUCGUUUAUUACAAUUAGCCGAAAUUCUACGUCCCGUUAUUAAAACAAAUCAACGUGAAUUAAUUCGUCAGCACUCACCACAUUUAAUAUUUGUUAUGAAUAAAUGUGAUGAUUAUAUUCAACCACAUGAACAUUUAACCAUUAAAAAAACGAUUAAUAAUUUAAUGUGUGAAACACGAUUUUUCUAUCGUGGAUCACUGAAUAACUUGAAUAAAUUAAAAAUACGUACAAGUGCAAAAAGUAUUAUAUUAUCAAUGACGAAAAAUAUGAGUAAUAAUAAUCAUCGUAUGAUGAAAAUGAAUGGUGGUACAAACGAAAAUGAGAGUGGUGACAAAGGAGGAUUGAAAAAAUUAUUCCAAAAUAAAAAUAAAUCAACAACAAAAACGAAGAAAAUGUUAACAGCAAAUGAUUUGAGAGGAGAAGACGAUACAAAAACGGAAAAAAUGGAAAAUGAAAGUGAAGACGAUGAUGAUGAUGACCAGGAUACAAUUAAUGAUUAUAAGCUCCGUGAAGACGAUUUUGAGGAUGAGAACGAUGUACAAGAUGAUAUGGACAAUGAAAGUGAAGAAGGUAAUAAAUAUACAAAGAAAAGUUUGAAAACACACUAUCUAAAUUCGUAUGACAAUGUGAAUGCCGUAUUUAUUCCUCGUCGUGAUUUUCGUGUAUCAUCAUUAUCCCAUUGGCAAUCACGUUUUAUCGGUUUUUCAAAUCCUGAUUCAACAAUUAGACAGUUACGUCAACAACUGUUAUCAAUUGAUCGUCCAUUAAUUGAUCAAUGCUUAUCUCAACGUGCUUGGCUUAAUCAUGCAUCACGAGUAUGGGAUUCUAUAACCAGAUCAAACUGGAUAGCCGAUUAUAGUCGUUUAAUGACUUAA